GAGCCUCGCUGGUGUCCGCUGCUGAGCAGCAAAUACACGAAACAGAAGCCCGCACUUCUCGUUGGAGUCUCACUGGAGAACGACAGCAAAGCCACGGAACCCUCUCCCGACAGAUUCAAGGCCAGGAAGGCUCCACCUCAACAAGGUUCUCCUGCUGUAACGGAUCUACUUCCAGAAACCUUGGAGGCCGUACUGAUCCCAGACCAGGGUUACCACCAGGUUGGACCUUCUGAUCUCUGCAGUGACAUGUUCAUCUUGUCCGUCACCAUUGCCUUUGCCUCCAAACUUGAACAGUUGAUGCCCAGCACCACGAAGCUGUCCGCUGAAGGUUCAGACUUCUUCUUCUACUACUCGUUGCUGGGCAACGACAUCACCAGCGAGCCUUUCCACAACCUGCUGAGUCCUGACUUUGAGCCGGAGCGUGCCUCCGUCCGCAUCCGCAGCAGGAAACAGAUCCUGCUGUCCUUCGUGUCUCACCAGCCCAGUUUACAGAUCCACCUGUGCUGUGGGAACCACUCUCUGGGCAGCACCGACCUCUCUCUGUCGGCACUCUCUGCUCUUCCCGUCCAUCUGGAAAACAAGGCAGCGACGAUCGAGGGGGUGUUUGUGCUCAGACCUCCGACGCUAACCAAACAAAGUUUACCGGUUCUGCCCGCCGACCUGCAGCCCACCAUCGGCGUGGCUGUUGCGCUUAGAAGAGAGGGGGUCCCAGCACAGGUGAAGUACUAUCUCAUGUCAAUCUUUUUUUUUUUUCAGAUCUUGGGGAAUAAAGAUGUGGGCGGAGUCAAUGCAGUCUCCGUCCCUCCUCCUCCUACUGCUGCCCCCUGUGGUCAGCAGGGCAUCUCUCCAGUCCACAAACCUCCCGACUCUUCUACUCCAGUUCCUUAUCCUCCCACUUACCCCCACACGGAGAGCGAGGCAGAGAGUUUACUUGAGGAACUUCAUCGCUCUAAAGAACCAGCAGCAGAUGCGGAGGCAGGAGAUGAGGGUGGAGUGUCGUCGGUGAGUGUUUCCGCUCCUAAAGUUUCCAUCCCGCCGUCGGCACAUCACUUCAGCUUCUCUCUGGACCUGCGGAGCCUGGGAGGCCUCGGCCUGACGCACGCCAUCGCUGCUACGCUCAGGUAUUCAUAUCCGUUCUUCGGCAGCGCUGCCCUCAUCAUGACCAACCCUCCGGUGGAGCUGCACGGGAACAUUGAGGUGUCGCUGCCUCAGUCCUACUGUGCCUUUGACUUUGCCACGUUACCGCACGACACCUUCCACAGAGUUCCCCUGGUGGUGGAGUUGUGGCACAGAGACUCUAACAGCAGGGACCAGCUGAUUGGACGAGCUUCUGUGCAGCUGUCUCACCUGCUGAGCUCCGAGAAGAAACGAGUUCUGACGUCAUCGGGAGAACAGAGCUGGAGACAAACGCACCAGGACAGAAUACCUGUGUUCAGACCACAGCGUCCACCUCAGAAGGUCGCAGAGGUCACCUAUGUGGCCACAUUAGAAGACCUGGGUCUGAUCAAAGCCAAAGAGGUUAUUGUGACUGACUCUUCACAGAUUGAAUCUGUUGCCCCCGCACAACUGCCCUCUCACCCUCUGUCACCCAAAGCCCCUGCCCUUUGCCACCCAGCUCCACUGCUGGGCCCCACAGCCCCCAGAGAGACCAUGGAGUAUCGAGCGGCCUUGGAGCUGGAGCUGUGGAAGGAGGAGCAGGUGGACCUGUUUGACGAUCAGUUAAAGAAGAAGGAGCUGAGUCACAUGCAGGCGUUGGCUGAGGAGUGGAAGAAGAGAGACAGAGAGAGAGAGGCCGUGGUCAGGAAGAAGGUCUGUCUGUCUGACUACUGGUGGAUCAGUAUUCUUGGUGACAAUUACACCAUGAAGACAGAAGAACACUCCAAGCAUCUCAGGGAAAGGGUGAUUGAGAAGUACAAUUCAGGGGAUGGAUACAAACACAUUUCCAAGGCAUUGAACAUCCCCCGGAGUUCAGUGAAAUCCAUUAUCAAGAAAUGGAAGGAAUAUGGCACUUGUGUGGAUCUGCCUAGAUCAGGCCGCCCUCGUAAACUAAUACUUCUGAGUACUUCACUGUGGGGGUUUUUUUUGCGUCUGUGUGUCCAGACUCAGAGGUUACAGAAGGACCUGAGAGCGGAACACGAGCUUUCGCUGAGGGAGUUGAAGGAGAGCGGCAGGAGGCUGCAGCAGGAGUGUGACCUGCGCGUGGCGCUGGAGAGAGAAAAAGUUCGACUGAUGGAGGAGGAGAGGAGCCGACUGCUGCAGCAGAUUUUAGACGGGGAGUCGCGGUACAAACAGCUGGAGAAGGAGUUCCAGGUCUACAGGGAACAGCAGAACAUCAGGCCGGAGUUCAGACUGCAGUCAGAGGUCAACCUGCUGACCCUGGAGAAGGUGGAACUGGAGAGGAAGCUGGAGUCCACCUCCAAGUCCAAGCUCCACUACAAGCAGCAGUGGGGACGAGCCCUGAAAGAACUGGCCCGCUUUAAACAGCGCGAGCAGGAAAACACUAUGAUGCACCUAAAGAAACAGCAGGCGGAGCUAGAGGCCAUGAGGCAGCGUUACCUGGCAACGGGAGAAAAAGAGGCGGGGCAACAAGACAAGCAGGAAUUGGACGAAAUAAGGAAUGAACUCAACAGAUUAAAGCAGCAGGACAGAUGUGUCGCUGCCUCUGCCGUGUCCGUCCCCGUCCCCCACCUGAACGAGAGUGCCGAGGACCAGCUGAGCCGUUUACUGGAGGAGAGGGACACUCUGCUGAGGACGGGGGUUUACACCCACCAGGACAGGAUCAUCAUUGACCUCAACAAACAGAUCCAGGAGGUGAUGGUCGGUCCAGACAAACUCUGAGUCACAGACUCUCCAGAUUCUGGUCCUCCAGUGGAGCCUUCAGGUGAAACUGUGAUGUCAUGGUUCAACAGGAAAGACAUCUGACCUCAGAUCAGGUCUGU